AUGUCUGAGAAGCAAGUCAAGAAGAGGUCAUUGAGCAGCUACCUCUCAAACGUCAAUUCUAGAAGAGAAGAACUGGAGAGGAUAGCCAAGAAGAAAGCAGAAGAAGAAGAACGACUGAAACGGGAACAAGCAGAAAAGUUGAAACGAGAGGAAGAGGAGAAGCUUAAAAGGCAGCAAGAAGAACAACGAAAACUAGAAGAUGAACGGAGGAAAGUCGAAGAGGAGAAAAUUAGGAAACAACAAGAAAUUGAAGCUCUAAAAAAACAACACGAGGAACAACUUAAGAAGUAUGAAGAAGAGAAGGCUUUAAAAGAAGCUACAAACAAGGAUGAACUUACGAAUACUGCAUCAUCAUUUAGCUCUACUGGUAUUAUAAAACCAGAACCCGUACCACUUAAAAAGUCCGAUGAUAACACAAUAUUUAAAGCACCUUCCCCCAAAAAACAUCUUCCUCAACAGUCCACAACACCAUCAAACAUGAAAACUGAGGACGCCGAACACAAAAAAUUAGAUAGCACAGAUAAUAAUCCCAAACUUAACCUCGGAGAGUCUUUAUCAAGGGAGAAACUUAAGGAUAUGUUGAAAACUAAGAAUCCACGAAAUUAUGAUGAGGUUAAGGAUGAUGAAUUGAGUGAUACACCAACGGAGCCUGCAUCACCACCUAAACCGAGAAGGGGAAGGCUAGUUAGAGGUGACCAAAUUGAGAGAAGUAGCAGUUUACAUAAGGAUGGCGCAUCAAGCUUUGCAGGAUCAUCCGAUUCAGAACUAUCAGAUAUUGAUGAUAUAAAAAGUGUCCCACUAUCGAGUAGCGUCUUCCUUGAAGGAGGUUUAUCUCCAGAUAGGAAAGCACCCAAACGGAAAGAGAAUUUACUACCUUCUUCGCCUAUAGCUAAUCAAUCCGAGGGGAAAACCAACCAAAACAAACAUGUAAGUAGUGAUGAAGAUGAUGAAGAUUUCGAAGAAGAGUCUGGGGAGGAAAGCACAUACUCAAACAAAAUGAAAUCGAAUGACAACCAAAAACCUCGUCAUUCUAACUCGAAAAUUUCAAAACAAAAGAAAGGUAUUUAUAGAGAUUCUGGUGGUAGAACUAGACUUCAAAUUGCAUGUGAUAAAGGUAAGUACGAUGUUGCAAAGAGACUUAUUGAAGAAGAGGAUUACGACGUUAAUGACCAGGACAAUGCCGGCAACUCAGCUUUACACGAAGCUGCUCUAAAUGGGCAUUUGUCGAUUGUAAAAUUAUUAAUUUCUCAUGGAGCAAAUGUAAAUAUUCAAUCAUAUGAAAUGUUCAAGGACACCCCCUUAGUUGAUGCGUCUGCAAACGGUCACCUGGAUAUUGUGAGGUAUCUUCUAAGACAUGGUGCAGAUCCUACAAUUCCAAAUGCUAAAGGAUUAACUGCAUACGAAUCAAUAGAAGAGGAUUCAGAUUUAGAUGAAAAUGAAAUAAAGGUGGUACAAGAUAUAAAGAAAAGUCUUACCGAAGCGACAAGGAAGUGGAACACGAAACAUGGUAUUCAUGAAUCUAUCAACACUUCUGAUAAUAGUGGUCAGUCAUCACCUAUGAACAAGCAUAUAGAAGAAUCGACAACAGCUUUCAGUGACGAGUUUUAUUGGACAGACAUUUCAUCUUCGGGAGGUAAGAAAAAACUAUUUAGAGCUUCGAAAGAAGGAUAUUUGCCUUAUGUUGGAUCUUAUCUUGAAAACGGAGGUGUUCCAGAUUUCAAUGCAUUUCUUGAAGCUGUGAAAUUUGGACAUGAGGAUAUAGCGAGUUUAUUUUUGGCAUUUGGUGCCAAGAUCAAUAAAUUCAAUAAAGAAGGUAUGACGCCAUUAAUGAUUGCUGUAGGUAGAAACCACUUAGGAACAGUGAAACUACUUCUGGAAGCUGGUGCUAACCCCACGUUGAAGGACAAUAAGGGUCAAACUGCGAUCUAUCACUCAAAGCAUAACAUCUUCAAUUCCAUAAAUGAUGAAGAAAUAAAGCUGUUGGAAACUGCCGUAACCAAAUGGCAUGAGAAAGAUAAUGGCGAACAGGUGAACAAUACUUAUGAUUCUCAUUCGGACACCGAGCAACGCAUAUCCAAAAAACGGUCACGGAAUAGAAGGCGCGCGAAGUUUGAAAGUGAGGAGUCUUCUGAAGAUGAUUUGAGCGAAGAGGAAGAAGAAGAGUUUAAUGUUCCAAAGAAGAGACACCAAACUACACAAAGGUCGUCUGCUUCAAGCACACGCCAUAACAGUGAAGCAGGGCUUCACAAGCAUACUCAUGGUGAUGACUUGAAAGGGAGAUCUUCAUCUAUAUCAGACUCUCUUCAUGAUAAUGACAACCGUAAGACGUUGAAGUUCAAAUCUUCCAGUAACACAGACAUUUCUACAGCUUUGAAUCAAGAACAAGGCCACAUGGCUGGCGAUAGAGCCGAUGAGCACAGGAGACCCAAGUUUCAAACUCAUCUGAGCGAAUCACAAGUUCACAAAGAGGAAGAGAUGAUCAAGGAGACUCCUGAAGAGAGAGAGAAGCGGUUAAAGGCCGAGGAAGAAUAUAUCCAGAAGAGGUUGCAACAGAAGAAGAAGAAGGAGAUGGAGUUGCUACAUAAGAUGGAGAUAGUACAGCAGAAACGUGAGAAGGAGAAAGAGAAGCAAAGGAUAGAGGAAGAGAAGAGGCAAGAAGAGCUAUUGAAGCAACAAGAGAUCGAGCUUGCCAAACGGAAAGAGGCUGAGGAGUUAGACAGACGUAAAGCCAUCAGGGCACUAUACCCGCUAGGGUUGAAGCUGAUUAGUUAUACGAACAAGGACGACUACCACCGGUAUUUGCCGUUGUAUUAUUAUGUUGACGAUGCAGAUGGGACCCGAUAUGUGCUGGAUAUCCAGAUGUCUGUGAUAUUAAAGGACGACGAGCUAACGAACCGAGAGUACGAUCGGAAACACAAAGUCGGCAAGCAAGAGACGCGGCAGCUGUGGAACCUGCUGAAGUUCAUAUACUUGUAUGGAGGCAACUUCACCAGCGACGACAGGCAGAGGUACGUGGUGAACUUUGACGGUGUGGACAUCGAAACCCGUCUCGGGUUCGAGACGCUAGAGUACACGAAGUUCGCGAACCUGCCGAUGCACUGGAUCCCCCUGGAUGCCAUCCAGAUGGACUCCCACAUAAGAGACACUUUGCAAAACAACAUGGUCCAGAUCGACCUGUCCCCGCGCACCCGUCUCGGCGACAACUCUGCCACCACACCAGGCCAACCACAGCCUCAGCCUCAGCCUCAGCCACAGCCUCAGCCUCAGUCCCAGUCUCAGCCACCGAGACCCCUGCGGUUCAGACAGAUACCAAGACCUCAGCGCAUGUGGUAA